AUCGACGAGUUGACGUGUUUUGCCAGCUGACAACGACAGCAUGUUCACAGUGGAGCUAGCUAGCCAUGUAAACAAUCAUUCUGCAACUCACAGGCACCGGAGUCUGUGUAUUGAUGUGAUUUGAAUGUAACUGAAGGAGUGGGACGGUUGUUUGAUUUUUGUUGUUUUAUUUCGCCCCCCUUCCCGAAAUUGAAAUAUUUUUGGUGUCAAUACCAUGUACUGUAGGUGGCGGCAAUACACCAAGGUGUAUGUAUAGUCUGUCAAUACAACUUUGAAGAAGAAGAAUCAUUCUGCAAAUUCGGCAGUAUUUAUACUUGAAUGACGUGCACUUUGCAGCAGUGAAGGGGUCCACAGCAACUUUGAUGCAACUGUGAACAUCAUCAUCAUGGCUUCGAGCUUCGCCCCACCGAAACUGGCUAAUUUCAUUCUCACAGAGAGGCUGGGCAGUGGCACCUAUGCGACAGUUUACAAAGCCUACAGAAAGGGGGACAACCGGGAGGUGGUGGCAGUGAAGGUGGUUGGGAAGAAGACUCUGAACAAGGUGUCUAUGGAGAACCUGCUGACUGAGAUAGAGAUCCUGAAAACUGUUCGCCACCCUCACAUUGUUCAGCUGAAGGACUUUCAGUGGGACAGUGAAAACAUCUAUCUGAUCCUGGAGUGGUGUUCUGGUGGGGACCUGUCCCGUUUCAUCCACAGUAGGCGCUUGCUACCUGAGAGGGUGGCUCGGCUCUUCCUGCAGCAGAUAGCCUGCGCUCUUCAGUUUCUCCAUAAUCAUAACAUCUCCCAUCUGGACCUGAAACCCCAGAACAUUCUGCUCAAUGGUUCUGUUCUUAAACUAGCAGAUUUUGGCUUUGCGAGUUACAUGUCUCCGUGGGAUGAGCAGAGUGCUCUGAGGGGCUCUCCUCUCUACAUGGCCCCUGAGAUGGUGUGUCGACGGCAGUAUGACUCCAGGGUCGACCUCUGGUCUGUGGGAGUCAUCCUGUAUGAGACACUAUUUGGCCGGGCACCAUUUGCCUCCAGAUCCUAUGCUGAACUGGAGGAGAAGAUCCGCAGUGACAAGCCCAUCGAGCUGCCUGCAGGGGCCAGAGUGUCCAGGAACUGCAGGGACUUACUGCUGCGGCUGCUGGACAGGGACCCUGACACCCGUCUCACCUUCGCUCAGUUCUUCUCCCACCCCUGGGUGGACCUCGAGCACAUGCCCAAUGCAGAGAGCCUGGGGAAAGCGAAGGAUCUGGUCCUGAAAGCUGUUCAGAAGGACCAGGAGGGGGAUAGAUCAGCUGCUCUGUCUCUGUACUGCAGCUCACUAGAGCACUUUGUCCCCGCCAUUCACUAUGAGACAGACAGACUGCGUAAAGAUGCCCUUAGGCAAAAGGUUAGUCAGUACGUGUCCAGGGCAGAGGAGCUGAAAGCUCUGGUGUCUGCAGACAACAGCCUCUGCUUUGAGCAGUUCAAGUCCACCAGAGACAUCCUGAGAGAGAUGUCCCGUGACCAACCACGGGUGCUGGCUGCUCUGGAGCUGGCAUCUACAGCCAUUGCCAUGGAGGAGAAUGGGAUAGAGGACCAUGAUACACUGGCUCUGUACCAGCAGAGUCUGGGAGAACUACUGCUAGCCCUGGCAGCUGAAGCCCAGGGGCGCAGGAGAGAGUUGCUCCACGGUGAGAUCAAGAGCCUAAUGACCCGAGCUGAAUACCUCAAAGAACAGAUCAAGAUGCUAGAGACCCAAAAAGACGUUUCAAUGGAUCGAGAGCCUCUAUCAGAAUCUGUGAGAAGUUCAUGCUGUGUGCAGUGAGCCAGCCUGGCAGUAGGAACCAGAGAGAGGGUCCAGCGUGCCUGCGGAGCCCCAGACCCCUGCACCUCUACGGGUCAGGCUAAGGAAUUCCUCAGGCCUCUGAGACCAUGGCCUCAGUAGUCUCGCAUCACCGUACUCGUAAGUCUCAAUCAUCGCACGGCUGUUGUUUCCCAACAAAAGUGAGAAAGCCUGGAAAUGGAGGCUAUGGCGUCAGAGACAAUCUACUCUGUUAUUACUCUGCCUGGACUUCAACUAGCAGCUUGUCAGCCUUGCAUCCCCCUCACCAACACAACACAGAAGACUGUAGAGUCUCCAGUCACUGCUCAGCCUCAAAGCCCUGCCUAACCAUUCAUAUGGAAAGGCUGGACAGCUUGUAUGCUAAUACUGUACUGUCAUGAUAAACUAGUGCUGUAUCAUGUUGUUGUGUUAUGUUGCAGGAUGAAUAAGGGUAAUAAUGAGCCUCAAAUGCUUGUAGUUGCAAAAGAGAUGGCGACUCAGAAUGGCUACCCAGCAUAGCAAGUUUGUCGUCUGUAACUGAAGGGAGUUAUCGAAAUGUAUCAUGAAUAUUUGGGAAAGCCCUUCUGUCGCCCCACGCACACACACACACAAACAAAAUCCCUUUUCUGUGGCCUGACCACAGCCUCACCACGCUCCCUCUGCUGAUGGAGCAGCCUCUACCACUAUGAGAGGAAAACUGGAGAGGUGCGGCUGCAGCCUUAUUUACUCUGUAGACUUUAAUUUACUUUUGGGUUGGCACCGGUCAGGAUGAAGGCAUACAGUAGCAACUGUGAAGUCAAGGCGUGCGUCACAACUCAGCCUGCUUUAGUAGCCUGCCAAAAGGUUGGACAUUUGGUGACGUUAUUACUGUUGUGGGUCUUUUCCUUUCUGUUUGUUUUCAGUGAGCAAGGUUGUGUGCAUGAAUCUACUUUCAAGGGAACUUUUAGUAUUUGUGAAUAGGCUGUAUCAUAGGAGGCUAUCUGCUGUCUGUAAUCAGGAAAUGGAAUGGUGUAACUGAAAAGGAAGAAAUGUGUGUCGAAUUGAGAACUGACAAUUGUGUAUUGUUUUUGUUUAAACAUUUUGUAUGGGUAUGAUUUUAUAAAUUAUUUAUUACCGUAAAAGGCUGAUUCAAUUUAAUUAAAAUGGCUAUGUAA